GUCCAUUUUGAAUUACGAGUUUGCGACCAAUGGGCUCCGAUGGGUGACUAUGAGGACACAGAUGUGCAGCUUGUGCAAGCUUUUAGGAUAUCAGAAGUUCCUGAACGAUUACAUUGGGCCGGAUCAAGUGAUCCUUUGAAGGAAGCGAAACAAACGAGCGGAUGGGAUCCAGAAGCAGCACAGAUGAGGGGUAUCUUUAUGGCUAGGGGGCCAGGGUUCAAAGUAGACGAGAAAGUUGGACCGGUUGAGAUAGUUGACGUCUAUCAGGUAAUCCUGAAUAUCCUGAGUGUUGAUUCAGCACAUCCUCAUAACGGAACAUGGUCAAAUGUGGCUGAUAUGUUGUCUAGUGGAUGGGAAAAUCGAGCGAACAGCGAUAAAUUUAACGAAGCCACACGAUUUGGCCUUACAGCCCUUCCCUUGAUCCUGUUAAUGUACAGGUUUCUGCCCUGA